UUUAACCACUACGGUUUUAUUGACCAAAGAAAUAAGAAAUUGUAGGAACUAAAGCCAAAGUUCUUUAGACUUUUUUUUAUUAAUACCUGUGGCCAAAGUUUCGUGCAAAACUGCCAGAGAUUGUAAUUCGUUAAAAAAUCACUUCGUCUUUGAUUCAUUCGUAAAGUUUUAGUUAUACAUUACAUAGGUAGGUACCUACCUACUUGAAGUAAAGUUUAAUGUCUUGCAAUAAAAGUGGCCGACCUAAUAAUAACACAAUUAAAAAAUUCAGCCAACCACCAGCGUCUAUGAUUUCGAUAUUACUGAAAAAAAUUAAAGGAAAAGAGUGUAAUUUAGUACCAAUUGAUUUAGAUAAUGAACAUACGAAAGAAUGUGAGCAAAAUAAUAGAGAAUCUGCACAUAAUUUAAAUAUUGAAUUUGUAGAUAUCAAUCAGCAUCACAAUAACAUUAAAUGCCAGAAUUGGUCAAACAGGAGCAACACCAUGAAAGAACACAAGAAACAUCUUAAGAUACACAAAGAGAGACAAUUCUCAUGCGACUAUCCCAACUGUUCAUACUCAUCAAGGUUAACAUCAAAUCUGAUAAAACACAAACGGGUACACACUUCCGAGAAACCCUAUCUAUGUGACCAGUGCUCAUUUAGGUCAAAUUUUAUAAACUCGCUCAAGGUACAUAAAAGAAUUCAUACUAAUGAGAGACCAUAUAGUUGUACCUAUUGCAGUUACCGAUGCAACAGUAGCUCAAAUUUGAAAAAACAUUGCAAACAUCGGCACUUGGACAUUACAAGGAAACUAUGAUGUUCAAUGAAAAUGUCUAGGUAUUUUUGAUAAUUUGUGUGUGUGUGUAAGACAAAUAAAGUGAUCUCAUUCUUUAUUAUUUAUAUUAUGUAAAGUUUAAAUAAAAAUAAAUUUCUUUCAGCAGACUCAGAGACUGAAGAUAAAAUAAAAGUAACAAGUGUUUUAUGUAGUAGUAGAAUAAAAAAAAAUAUACUGACAAUUUAAGUUCCCUUUAAAAAAUAUAUUUUAUUUCAUACUUUUUAAGGUACACACCUACAUAUUAUUCUAUUCAGCAUCAAUUUACCAAAAUUAUUUUUCAGUGAACUUAUACACAGGGAGAAAGAUUCGAACAGGCACAUUUUUAUCUCUUUUUUGCACCAGGGGUUAAGCAAAGAACACUCUCUAUCAGUGCGCUUUCACUCAACGACAUCUAAACUCUUACAAGUUUUAAACGGCUCAACCGAUUUUGAUCAAACAUGUCUAAGAACACUCGCACGAAAGUGACCUUAAAUCCAAAUAAAGAAAAUUGAAAUUGCUUCAUCCUUUUAUGAGCUAUGAUGCCACAGACUUAUUAUACACGUCAAACUUUUAACACCCCCUUUUUUCUGUCGGGCGUUAAUGAUACUGAGAGUAAUAUGUAAGUAACUCACUGAUACAUAGGAAAAAAAAAAACAAAUUUAAAGCAUUUAUUUGUAACCUACAUAAUAUAUUCCUAAAAA